AGCUUCCAUGGUGCGACCACCAUCUCGUUUGAUACUCUGUGCAUACACUCGACAUUCGACCACCACCGCUUGAGCUUUGGAGAGGCCCCGAUCGAGCUACAAUGGCGCUUGUGGGAGAUGCUGGUACGAGGGAGAGCGAAUUGGCAAAGUUGUUGGAGCAACUCCGCGUCGCUACACCUGCGGACAUUGAGACGCGGGCAGUGCCAGGACGGGAAUGGGCAUUAGCCUCGGCACCAAGCUCCCCCACCUCCAUCGCCGCACUGAUCGAUCACACGCUCUUGGCCCCCUCGGCAGAUGAGAAGCAGAUUGAAAGGACGCUGUUGGAUGCGCACACGUUUGGCGCAGCGACGCUAUGCAUCAACUCUGCUUGGGUCGACUUUGCCGUGCGCAAGGCGAGGGAGAAAAGGUUGGAUGUGAAAGUCAUUUGCACGGUUGGCUUUCCAUUCGGAGCAGGCAAUACGGAAGCGAAAGCGCUCGAGGCCAAGGUAGCGAUGCAGCAAGGAGCGAAGGAGAUCGAUAUGGUGCAAAAUGUGGGAUGGCUCAAGAGCGGACAUCUCGUCGCGGUGUACGAGGAUAUCAGGGCAGUCUGCGAAGCUGUGCAAGGCACGCCCGUCAAGGUCAUUCUAGAGACUGCAUCGCUCACGAAGCAAGAGACCAUCGACUCUGCCUUCAUCGCUUGUCUCGCCGGUGCUCGUUUCGUCAAGACCUCGACAGGCUACGGACCAGGCGGGGCGACGGAAGGCUCGGUGCGUCUGCUCAAGCACGCAGUAGACUAUCACGCCUCCCUCGCAAACUCGAAUUCGAGCGCGCAAUCUUCCGUCCAAGUCAAAGCGUCGGGAGGCAUCAGGAACCUUUCAACCUUGAAGAGAAUGUGGGAAUGUGGAGCUGACAGGGUUGGAGCUAGUAGCACUGCUGCGAUUCUGAGUGAGGCGGAAGGAGCACCUGCAGAAGCGGUCCCAAAGGCCGACUACUGAACAUUCACAUGAAAUGAACACUUGACCCGCGUAAAUGGGUUGCCGGGUUGUGGGAGGGCUAGGAAGCGUGUGGGAUUCUUCAGCUGGCUGGCAGGGGAGCGAGGGGCGCACUCAAAAAGUCCAAUCGAUUGCAUUUGUUACAAGGUGG